GUCAAUUUUUUUUGACUUUGACAUUCUAUCGGGCAUUGUGAUAUCACCAUUUUCAAAGUCGGGUGAAAUAGAAACUUGUUCCCCUGCAAAUUAAUUAUAAAACUAAAAAAUGUUGUCCUCUCAAUUUUUAAACACCAUCAAGGGUUCGGUAAAAACUGGAAUUUGCAGUCGCAACAUCGGUAUUCUUGCACCAUGCCUUCAAAAGGCUACCGACCCAAUCCAACAACUUUUUGUUGAUAAAAUUAGAGAAUAUAGGCAAAAAAGUAACAGUGGUAAAAGCCUCGUUGAUCCCACUCCAGAUCUUGAAAAGGAGUUAACUACUGAAUUGGAAAAGGUUGCUAAGCAAUACGGAGGAGGUAAAGGUGUAGACAUGACCAAAUUCCCUUCAUUCAAAUUUGAGGAUCCCCAAAUUGAUUCCAUCAAUUUAGAAAAAUAAAUCAUUUAAUUUUUGUUAAUAAUAAAU